AUGGCUGCGUUCCAGAACGGAGAGCGCAACGGAGAGCGCAACGACGAGCACCAUCCCCGCGAUGUCAGGCAGCACAUCCUGUUCGAGAUUGCUACCGAGGUUGCCCAUCGAGUGGGAGGUAUCUACUCGGUUAUCAAGUCCAAGGCACCUGUGACGACCUCCGAAUAUGGCGACAGAUACACCCUUAUCGGCCCCCUCAACCACCACUCGGCUGCUGUUGAAGUUGAGGAGCUGGAGCCCACCAACCCCGAGCUGGCAGCGACUAUCCAGUCCAUGAAGGAUCGGGGUAUCGGCAUGCUUUAUGGACGUUGGCUGAUCGAGGGUGCUCCACGCGUGCUCCUUAUCGACACCAAGACGGCCUACAAGUACCUGGAUGAGUGGAAGGCGGAUCUCUGGAAUGUCGCCUCUAUCCCCGCGCCCCCGGGCGACGACGAGACCAAUGAGGCCAUUGUGUUUGGAUACCUUGUCGCCUGGUUUCUUGGAGAGUAUGCUUGUCACGAAAAGAAGAGGGCCAUCAUUGCUCACUUCCACGAAUGGCUUGCCGGUGUCGCUCUUCCCCUGUGCAAGAAGCGCAAGAUCGAUGUGACCACCAUUUUCACCACACACGCCACCCUUCUUGGACGUUACCUUUGCGCCGGGUCGGUCGACUUCUACAACAACCUGCAGUGGUUCGACGUCGACGCCGAGGCGGGCAAGCGGGGCAUCUACCACAGGUACUGCAUCGAGCGCGCCGCGGCGCACUCGUGCGAUGUGUUCACGACCGUAUCCCAUAUCACGGCGUACGAGAGCGAGCACCUGCUGAAGCGCAAGCCUGACGGUGUCCUGCCCAACGGCCUGAACGUGACCAAGUUCUCCGCUAUGCACGAAUUCCAGAACCUGCACGCGCAGUCCAAGGAGAAGAUCCACGACUUUGUCCGCGGCCACUUCUACGGGCAUUACGAUUUUGAGCCAGAGAACACGCUGUAUUUUUUCACGGCUGGUCGGUACGAGUUCCGGAACAAAGGAUGCGACAUGUUUAUCGAGGCUCUGGCCCGCCUGAACCACCGCCUGAAGGCCUCGGGGAGCAAGACGACGGUUGUGGCCUUCAUCAUCAUGCCCGCGCAGACUUUGUCUCUCACGGUUGAGGCCUUGAAGGGACAGGCCGUCAUCAAGUCGCUGAGAGACACGGUGGAUGUUAUCGAGCGGGGCAUUGGUCGUCGCAUCUUCGAGCGCUCACUCAAGUGGCAUGACGGGGAUCCGCUCCCCGACGAGAAGGAACUGAUUACCAGCCAGGACCGUGUCCUUCUGCGGCGGCGCCUGUUUGCCAUGAAGAGGCAUGGGCUCCCGCCCAUUGUCACGCACAACAUGGUGAACGACCACGACGACCCCAUUCUGAACCAGGUCCGACGUGUGCAGCUGUUCAACCACCCCACGGACCGUGUCAAGGUCGUCUUCCACCCGGAGUUCCUGAACUCGGCCAACCCUGUGCUGCCGCUGGACUACGACGACUUUGUGCGCGGCACGCAUCUGGGCGUCUUUGCGUCCUACUAUGAGCCGUGGGGAUACACGCCGGCCGAGUGCACCGUCAUGGGUGUGCCCAGCAUCACGACCAACCUGUCGGGCUUUGGCUGCUACAUGGAGGAGCUGAUUGAGAACUCGAGCGACUACGGCAUCUACAUUGUAGAUCGCCGGUCCAAGGGCGUGGACGACUCGGUGAACCAGCUGACGUCCUGCAUGAUGGAGUUCUGCCAGAAGAGCCGUCGCCAGCGCAUCAACCAGCGCAACAGGACGGAGCGGCUCAGUGACCUGCUCGACUGGAAGCGUAUGGGUUUGGAGUACGUCAAGGCCCGGCAGCUGGCGCUGCGGCGGGCGUACCCGAGCUCGUUCGACACGGAUGAGCCCGAAGAAGACUUUAUGGCGGGACCCGAACAGAAGAUUUCGAGGCCGUUCUCAGUGCCAGGAUCCCCGCGCGACCGAACCGGCAUGAUGACGCCUGGCGACUUUGCCAGCCUUCAGGAGGGCCGCGAGGGCCUGAACACGGAGGACUACGUUUCAUGGAAGCUGCCUGAGGAGGAGGACCCUGAAGAGUACCCGUUCCCGCUUACUCUUCGCACCAAGCGUUCAACGGGUCCCGGAAGCCCCUUGGAUGGUGUGCAUCUCAACGGUAACUAG